AUGAACUCCGAGUCUAGAGAGGAUACGGCUAUUAAUAGCAUCAAGUUAUUGGCAGGGAACUCUCAUCCUGAUUUAGCUGAACUCAUAUCAAAAAGACUGGGUAUCCCACUUUCCAAAGUCGGUGUGUACCAGUAUUCCAAUAAAGAAACUUCUGUCACCAUAGGUGAAAGUCUCCGUGACGAAGAUGUCUACAUUAUCCAAACUGGGAUAGGCGAACAAGAGAUCAACGAUUUCUUGAUGGAACUAUUGAUUCUAAUUCAUGCUUGCAAAAUUGCAUCUGCAAGAAAAAUCACCACUGUCAUACCUAACUUCCCAUAUGCAAGACAAGACAAAAAGGAUAAAUCCCGUUCUCCAAUCACAGCAAAACUAAUUGCUAAUCUGUUGCAAACUGCUGGCUCCGAUCACGUUAUCACCAUGGACCUUCAUGCCUCUCAAAUUCAAGGGUUUUUCAACAUUCCAGUUGAUAACCUAUAUGCAGAACCAAGUGUUUUGAAUUAUAUUAGAACAAAAACUGAUUUCGAUAAUGCCAUUUUGGUGUCACCUGAUGCAGGAGGUGCUAAGAGAGUGGCAGCUUUGGCUGACAAAUUAGAUUUGAAUUUUGCGUUGAUUCAUAAAGAAAGACAAAAGGCAAAUGAAGUCUCAAAAAUGGUGCUUGUCGGUGACGUCACCAAUAAAUCAUGUUUAUUGGUUGACGAUAUGGCUGACACUUGCGGUACGUUGGUAAAAGCUUGUGACACUUUGUUGGAACAUGGCGCCAAGGAAGUCAUAGCCAUUGUUACGCAUGGUAUAUUCUCUGGUUCUGCAAGAGAAAAAUUAAGAAACAGCAGGCUAUCCAGGAUUGUUUGUACGAAUACCGUUCCAGUGGAUUUAGAUUUACCGAUUGCUGAUCAAAUUGAUAUCAGUCCAACUUUCGCUGAAGCUAUAAGAAGAUUACAUAACGGUGAAUCUGUAUCCUAUUUGUUCACUCAUGCUCCAAUAUAG